CGUUUUGAAUAGUAGGCGUGGUUUGUAGGUUGUGUGGCCGUAAACACGACUUUUGUUCUUAUAAAACGAAGUGGAAAAUAUUUUAUUGAACCCGUGACUUCUGCUGCUGCUGCGCUGCUGCCAGAGCAAGAAUGGCCACUCCACAGGUCGCCACGUCCAGGGAGCACGCUCUAGCCGUCACGAGAGACUACAUCUCGCAGCCCAGACUCACUUACAGGACGGUGUCCGGAGUAAACGGUCCCCCUGGUUAUUCUGGAUCAAGUAAAGUUCCCAAAGUAUGCAGAGAUAGUGACACUCACACUUUCCGAUGGAUCAAAACGCAGUGGACAGGUGUUGGAAGUCAGCGGCUCCAAGGCUGUGGUCCAGGUGUUUGAGGGUACGUCUGGUAUCGAUGCUAAGCACACCACAUGCGAGUUCACAGGAGACAUUCUGAGGAUCCCCGUGUCGGAGGACAUGUUGGGGAGAGUAUUCAAUGGCUCUGGAAAGCCCAAAGACAAGGGACCCAACAUUCUGGCUGAGGAUUUCCUGGACAUUCAGGGCCAGCCGAUCAACCCGUGGUCUCGUAUCUACCCCGAGGAGAUGAUUCAAACUGGCAUAUCUGCCAUCGACACGAUGAACAGCAUCGCCAGAGGACAAAAGAUCCCCAUCUUCUCUGCUGCCGGUCUGCCUCACAACGAUAUUGCAGCCCAGAUCUGUCGCCAGGGAGGUCUGGUGAAGCUGGAAGUGAGUCCCAAGGGGAAGACGGUCAUCGACGACCACGAAGACAACUUUGCCAUCGUCUUUGCCGCCAUGGGUGUAAACAUGGAGACUGCACGGUUCUUCAAGCAGGACUUUGAGGAGAACGGGAGUAUGGAGAACGUGUGUCUCUUCCUCAACUUGGCCAACGACCCCACGAUUGAGCGUAUCAUCACACCUCGACUGGCGCUGACCACGGCAGAGUUCCUGGCCUACCAGUGUGAGAAACACGUCCUGGUUAUCCUGACUGACAUGAGCUCCUAUGCCGAGGCCUUGAGAGAGGUGUCAGCAGCCAGAGAGGAGGUGCCCGGUAGGCGUGGUUUCCCGGGCUACAUGUACACCGAUCUGGCCACCAUCUACGAGCGAGCCGGGCGUGUGGAGGGACGCAACGGCUCCAUCACUCAGAUUCCCAUCCUCACUAUGCCCAACGAUGACAUUACUCACCCGAUCCCCGACCUGACGGGGUACAUCACUGAGGGUCAGAUCUACGUUGACAGGCAGCUGCACAACAGACAGAUCUAUCCGCCCAUCAAUGUGCUGCCGUCCCUGUCUCGUCUCAUGAAGUCUGCCAUCGGGGAGGGCAUGACUCGUAGGGACCACGCCGACGUGUCCAAUCAACUGUAUGCCAACUAUGCCAUUGGUAAGGACGUGCAGGCCAUGAAGGCAGUGGUGGGUGAAGAGGCCCUGACACCAGAUGAUCUACUCUACCUGGAGUUCCUCCAGAAAUUUGAGAAGAACUUCAUCUGCCAAGGUGUGUAUGACAACCGUACGGUGUUCGAGUCUCUUGACAUUGGCUGGAACCUCCUGCGAAUCUUCCCCAAAGAGAUGCUGAAGAGAAUCCCGCAGAAGGUCCUGGACGAGUACUACGCUCGAGACCAGAGGAAAUAGACAACCGCUUUAUGUCCGACCUUCUCGUUGGCACUUCCUUAGAGUCACAAUUGCUGUGUGUAGGCACAAGAAAUUCAGAUACCAGUACGAGUCACGCACACACACACACACUGAGUGCUGUUGUAGUUAACUGCUGCACCCGCCACACGUGUGUGUAUAUACAAUUGUGUGUGUCGUUAGGUGUUUUUGUCGUUGCUGUUUGUGUAAUUGUACCGCUGUUUGUAUGGCUGUAAUUAGAUUUCUGCUAGUUCA